AUGGCGCUCGGGUUGACUGUGGUCAUUGCUCUCACCUGCCUUGGUGACCUCACCUCCCCAGCCUCUGUGCCUUCCUCCAAGACUACCAAGAAUGAUCACCUGAAGGAACUCAUUAGGGAGCUCAACAACAUCACCCAAAAACAGGUAACCCUCUGCAAUGGCAGCAUGGUGUGGAGCGUCAACCUGACAGAGGAUCACUUCUGCGCAGCCCUGGAAUCCCUGAAGAAUGUCUCCAACUGCAGUGCCAUCCGAAAGACCCAGAGGAUGCUGCACACAUUCUGCCCUGACCCUGAAGACAGUCGUGGCGCCAGUGCGCUUGUCCGAGACACCAAAAUUGAAGUGAUUCAGUUUUUAAAGGACCUGCUUAAGCAUUUACAGAAAAUUUUCCGGUAUGAUCGAAAUUAG